GCCCGGCUGCAAGCGGUGAGAGCUGGCGGCGGUCGGACCUGAAACCGCUGGAUCGGGAAGGGAUGCGGUUGUCGAGAUCCUUCUGGAAGGGGCUUUGGGGAGGACGGGAGGCCAAGAUGCACCAGCCCCUCAGACUCUGCCCUCCCUCCUUCUACCCUCCCCCUUGCAGAAAUGCCGGGACGCGGGGCCGCGCAGGGGCCGAGCAUAUGUGACACCUGGCGUUUCCCGGUGGCUUCCACACUCUACCACUCUCUCUCCCAACUCCUUAUGCUAAUCUCCUGCCUUCCAGAUGUUUAUUUUCAUCCGUCUAUCGUUCCUUGCCUUCAGUGGUGUACUCGGAAGUUGGAGAUGGAUUUUCAAACCUUAGCCCUAUCACUUCUGUGUUAAAAGUCCCUGAGCCACAGUAUUUCUUCUACUGGCCUUAAGGAUCAGUAUGACACCAAUAAAAAGAAAGGAGAUGGACAUCUGUUGAAUUCCUGCAUGGCCAAGUACCGAGCAAACUGCUGCCCCAUCGAAUCCUCAUUACUUGGUGUUCUUAGAACUCCAUUUCACAUCUUAACCUCACAGAAUUUAACUGGCUUGGUCGCACUUAGUGAGCAGCAAGAGGGAUUCAUUUCUUCCUAGCUUAACUCCAAAGUAGGAACUUGAACCCAGACACUUCCGGUCUGGAUUCUGGCUGUACAGUUGGGCUGCCAAACCUCAAGCCCCAGAUCAAGUACUUCCUCUUUUCCAGCUGUAAAUUCUUUGCACAUCCCCUUUGCUAGUACAGAAUGCUGUUCCCUGCUUCUCCCUUGGUUAUUUCAGAAACGAAAUAGAGCAAGCAUUUCUUAGAUGAUCUAAGGAGGUGAACUUUUUGAGCACAGAAUCUUGGAUUUUGGACCUGGCUCUCCCACCUACUGUGUGGCCUUGAGCAAAUCCAUUGUCUUCUAACUUUAGCUUGCCUUUGCAUAACAUGGGUGAGGGCCUUCUGAUCUGCAGGCUCUUGUCCAGUUCUCCCUCACUGUCCUCCAGCAGGUGGUCCACGGAGGCCCAGACCCCUCUGCUCCCCAUGGGCAGCUGCCAAGCAGGGCACAACCUGCAUCUUUGUCUGGCUCAUCACCCACCUUUGGUCUGUGCCACUUUGAUCCUGCUGCUCCUUGGCCUCUCUGGCCUGGGCCUUGGUGGCUUCCUCCUCACCCAUACAUCUGGCCUACGUAGCCCUGACAUUCCCCAGGAUUGGGUUUCCUUCUUGAGGUCUUUUGGCCAGCUGAGCCUGUGCCCUGUGAAUGGGACAGUCGCAGGGAAGUGGCGAGGGCCUCAUGUCGUCGGCUUACUGACUACUUUGAACUUCGGAGAUGCUUCAGAUAGGAACAAAACCCAAACAUUCCAAGCCAACGUCCAUGGUAGUCAGAUAGGAUUGAAAGGGUCCUCUGCAGGAGAGUCUAUCCUCAUCACAGCCAGAGUGGCCUCAGGAAGGACUCCAGAGACCUGCCUCUAUUUCAGUGCUGUUCCAGAAAUCUUGCCCUCUAGCCAGCCACCUAUAUCCUGCUCAGAGGAGGGAGCUGAAAAUGCUACCUUGAGCCCAGUGAUGGGUGAAGAGUGUGUCAGGGUCUGGAGCCUCGAACGCUUUGUGCUCACCAAGCUCCUUACUUCGGAGGAGCUAGCUCUGUGUGGCACCAGACUGUUGGUCCUGGGCUCGUUCCUGCUUCUCUUCUGUGGUUUUCUCUGCUGUGUCACUGCUGUGUGCUUCCAUCCACGCCCAGAGUCCCACCGGUCCAGAACACGGCUUUAAGGGCACUGGCCUGCUCCUUACUCUGUUCUCAGGUGAAGAUCAAAUUCUUGGGCCUACUUCUGAGUUUAGAAGACCUAUUACAAAAAACGAAGAUCUGGAAUGUGGGAAAAUAAAUGGCUUUUUGAUCAC